AUGGCCGAGCCAAGUGCCCCGGCACCCCGGGUCGCCACAUCACAUCCUCAAAAUGAAGUCCCUUCGAGUACCACAGCAUCUUCCGAAAUCGACAUCCAGAGUGCCGCCACAGCUCAUGACCAGACCGGCCUCCACUCGUUCAUGGGAGGAGCCGAUACCGAGGAACUCCAUAAAAUUGCAACCACGCUUUCCCGUCAUCGAUCAGUAACCCAUCCCGCGGCUCAGAACCACCUGGACCCCGUGCUCGACCCCGAAAGUGACCGUUUCGACCUCUCCAAGUGGGUAAGGGACUUUAUCACCCACCUUCAACCCGAGGACCACGCCAAAGAUGCCCACCCGAGUGUAUCCUUCAGCAACCUCAGCGUCUUCGGUACCGGCUCCGAGCUUCAGUUGCAGGCUUCCGUCAGCGAUGUCUUCAUGUCACUCUUCCGUCCUGGCGAGAUCUUUUCUUUCGGCAAGACCAAGCCCAAGCAGAUCCUCCACGACUUCAACGGCCUUCUCAAGAGUGGUGAACUCCUCGUUGUCCUUGGCCGUCCCGGUUCCGGAUGCAGCACCUUUCUGAAGAGCAUUUGCGGAGAGCUUCACGGUCUUCAUCUCGACGAAAAGGCUUCCGUCCGCUACAAUGGCAUUCCCCAGCACCAAAUGGUCAAGGAGUUCAAGGGCGAGCUCGUCUACAACCAGGAGGUCGACAAGCAUUUCCCCCAUCUGACCGUCGGCCAGACCCUCGAGUUCGCAGCAACCGUGCGCACCCCUGCCACCCGCAUCGAAAACAUGUCCAGGGCCGACUACUGUCGAUACAUGGCCAAGGUCGUUAUGGCCAUCUUUGGUCUCAGUCACACCUACCACACCAAGGUCGGCGAUGACUUUAUUCGGGGUGUCUCUGGCGGUGAACGCAACAGUAUCGCCGAGAUGUUCCUUGCCGGCAGUCCUAUCUGUGCCUGGGACAACAGCACUCGCGGUCUCGACUCGUCCAGCGCUCUCAAGUUUGUUCAAGCCCUGCGCAUGUCGUCCAGCAUGGGCAAUCACGCACACGCCGUCGCCAUCUACCAAGCCAGUCAAGCCAUCUACGACGAAUUCGACAAGGCCACCGUGCUGUACGAAGGUCGACAGAUCUACUUUGGUCCGGCAUCCAUGGCCAAGUCCUUCUUUGAGCGUCAGGGUUGGCACUGCCCCGCUCGUCAGACCACUGGUGACUUCUUGACGGCUGUCACCAACCCUCACGAAAGACAGCCCCGUCAUGGCAUGGAACUCAAGGUCCCUCGUACUGUCGAAGAGUUUGAGCGUUACUGGCGGGAAUCUCCCGAGUACAAGGCAUUGCAGGAAGAGAUUGAGCACUAUGAGCAACAGUUCUGUGGUGAGCGCAAGACGGAGGCUAUUGCCCAGCUUCGUGAGCAAAAGGAGCGUCGACAGGCUAAGCAUGUCAGGCCCAAGUCGCCAUAUACCAUCUCCAUUGCCAUGCAAAUCAAAGCAUGCACCAUCCGCGCCUACCAGCGAAUCUGGGGCGACCGCACCGCGACCUUUACAAUGAUGUUCGCCAAUCUCGUCCUCGCUCUGAUCAUCGGAUCCAUCUUCUACGGAAACCCCGACGCUACGGCCGGUUUUGCAGGCAAGGGGUCCGUCCUCUUCAUGGCUAUCCUACUCAACGCCCUGACCGCCAUCACCGAGAUCAACUCUUUAUACGCUCAACGACCCAUGGUGGAGAAGCAUGCCUCUUUUGCCUUCUAUCACCCCGCUUGCGAGGCUGCCGCCGGAAUCGUUGCAGACAUCCCGAUCAAGUUCGCAACGGCCACCAUCUUCAACAUUCUGGUCUACUUCCUUGCCGGUCUGCGCCGCGAACCCGGUCAAUUCUUCCUGUACUUCAUCGUCUCCUACCUGUCGACGUUUAUCAUGAGCGCCUUCUUCCGGACCAUCGCCGCCAGUACAAAGACCGUCUCUCAAGCCUUGGCCCUUGCCGGUGUUCUAGUCCUCGCUCUGAUCAUCUACACGGGCUACAUCGUACCUGUGCCCGAGAUGAAACCCUGGUUUGGCUGGAUUCGGUGGAUCAACCCCAUCUUCUACGGCUUCGAGAUCCUCAUCGCCAACGAGUUCCACGGACGAGAGUUCACUUGCUCGAGUAUUGUCCCGCCUUACCCGAACCGCGUCGGCAAGUCCUGGAUCUGUGCGAGUACCGGUGCUGUGGCAGGACGGGAGACUGUCUCUGGUGACAUGUACAUGAAGGUCACCUACGGAUACACCUAUGCUCACGUCUGGCGCAACUUUGGCAUCCUCUGGGCUUUCCUGGUCGGCUUCAUGUUUAUCUACUUCCUGGCCACCGAACUCAACUCGUCCAACACCAGCACCGCCGAGGCCUUGGUUUUCAGAAGGGGUCAUGUCCCCGCUCGCUUGCAGCAAAAGGCCCAGGAUGCUGAAAAGUCUGGUGAUGCCGCCCUGAAAGGUCAACUGGAGCAGGAGGCACCGCUGGAUCCGAAGAGCUUGGUCGACCCCCAAACGGAUAUCUUCACCUGGAAGGAUGUGGUGUACGACAUUGACUACCAGGGCGGUCAAAGACGGUUGUUGGAUCAUGUCAACGGAUGGGUCAAGCCCGGCACCUUGACGGCGCUGAUGGGUGCUAGUGGCGCGGGAAAGACGACCCUUCUGAACGUGCUGGCUCAGCGGACAACGAUGGGUGUGGUCACUGGUGAUAUGUUGGUUAAUGGGACGCCAUUUGGAGCGGAUUUCCAGAGACAGACGGGUUAUGUGCAGCAGCAGGAUCUCCACCUCGAGACCGCAACGGUCAGAGAAAGUCUUCGUUUCAGCGCCAUGCUCCGUCGUCCCAAGACCGUCAGCAAACAGGAAAAGUACGACUACGUCGAAAAGGUCAUUAAGAUGCUCGGCAUGGAAGACUACGCCGAUGCCGUCGUCGGUGUUCCCGGUGAGGGUCUCAACGUUGAACAGCGCAAGCUGCUUACGAUUGGCGUUGAGCUCGUAGCUAAGCCUAAGCUCCUUCUCUUCCUUGACGAACCCACCUCUGGUCUGGACUCCCAAUCUGCCUGGACGAUCUGCGUCUUGCUCCGCAAGCUCGCCAACGCCGGUCAAGCCAUCCUCUGCACCAUCCACCAACCGAACGCCAUCCUCUUUCAGCAAUUUGACCGUCUCCUGUUCCUGGCUCCCGGCGGCAAGACCGUCUACUUUGGCCAGAUCGGACAAAACUCCAAGACCCUCCUUGACUACUUUGAGUCCAACGGCGCUCGCCCCUGCGGUGACCAAGAGAACCCAGCCGAGUACAUGCUUGAGAUUGUGGCCGAUGGUACGAACAAUAAGGGAGAGGAAUGGCCGACUGUCUGGAAGGCCAGCUCGGAGUACCAGAGUGUCCUGGCUGAACUCGACAACAUCCACUCCGCCACCGCCGGCAAACCACCCGCUCAAACCACCGACCCGGGCUACGUCGCCUCUGAAUUCGCCAUGCCCUUCACUUCGCAACUCUGGGUUGUUACCGAACGUAUCUUCCAGCAAUACUGGCGUAUGCCUGCCUAUGUCAUUGCCAAGCUCUUGUUGGGUGUCAUGUCCGGUCUUUUUGUCGGCUUUACCUUCUUCAAGCCCCACGGAACGCAAGCCGGCAUGCGCAACGUCGUCUUUUCCGUCUUCAUGAUUACCACGUUGUUCACCACCCUGGUGCAACAGAUUCAGCCUCUCUUCAUCACCCAGCGAUCGCUCUACGAAGUCCGCGAACGUCCCUCCAAGACGUACUCCUGGAAAGCCUUCCUUUUUGCCAACAUGUUCGUCGAGAUGCCUUACCAGGUUUUGUGUGGCAUCUUAACCUAUGCGUGCUUCUACUACCCUGUCGUUGGCGUGCAAGAUUCGGACCGCCAGGGUUUGGUCUUGCUGUACAUGAUCCAACUCUUCGUCUACUCCUCCGCCUUUGCGCACAUGACCAUUGCCAUCCUCCCCGACGCCCAGGCCGCAUCCGGUAUCGUCAUUUUGUUGACCAUGAUGUCCACCAUCUUCUCGGGCGUCUUGCAGACCCGAAUUGCUCUCCCCGGAUUCUGGCAGUUCAUGUAUCGGGUAUCGCCCUUCACCUACUGGAUCGGUGGCAUUGUUUCCACCAUGCUGCACGGCCGCUCCGUCACUUGCUCUGCCGAGGAGACUUUGACCUUCAACCCGCCACAGGGUAUGUCGUGCUCUCAGUAUCUGGGUCCGAUGAUGCAGCAGGCGCAAGGUGUGUUGCAGAACCCGAACGCGACUGAGUCGUGGAUCAACCUUGGUCUUCUCUACCCAGACGCUAUCAAAACACAACUACCACAACCCACAUCAUUCGCAAUGGGCAAAUUCCACACCACCCUUCCCCAAUCUCACAUCCCCUGGAUCCUCUCCCAACCCGUCUUCUUCGUCUCCACCGCCCCCCUCUCUCCCCAAGGACAUAUCAAUGUCUCACCAAAAGGCACCUUUCCCAACAUCAACUCCUUCGGCUACAUCCCCUCUCAUGACUCCGAUCCACGCAAACCGGCACAAUUCUGGUACCUGGACCUCUCUGGCUCCGGAUCCGAAACCAUUUCCCAUCUUUACGAACCGGGCAAUGGACGGAUUACGGUCAUGUUCUGUGAAUUCCGGAAAGCAGCACCGAGGAUUGUCCGGCUUUUUGGAAGGGGCAAAGUGUUGGAGAAUGGCACGAAAGAGUUUGAGGAGUGGACGAAGAAGGAAGGGGUGGAAGUCAUUCCUGGAGCCAGAAGCGUGGUGGUUGUGGAGGUUGAGCUUGUGGGCGAUAGUUGUGGGUUUGCGGUUCCUGUGAUGGAGUUUCGGGAGAGGAGGGAGGUGUUGAAUGAGGUUUUUCGCAAGAGGGUGGAGAGGGCUGAGAAGGGGAUACUGGGCGUACAAGAAUGCUUGGAGCUUGGAUGGAUUACCGAGUAUGGAAGUGGCCAGGAAGACGGGGGAGAAGGAGGGGAUUGUACCGAUUGA